CGAAAACAUCCGCACUCGCCUUGCCACUUUCUGGAUUGCGGCAAGUCUUUGAGCAGUUGAGGGUUGCAUCUUCGUUAUUGCUGGAAGGGGAACGCGGGCGGAGUAUCUUGAAGCCUCCAGCCAUUCUCUCUGAGUGGGAUCCGCAGUCCAACCAGCAGCACCUGGCACAACUCUCUGCAUUGAGCUUGUCGAUGACGUUAGUGAGGAGCCGUUGCGCUACUCCCAACGUGGGAACUGUCAGCCCGGCAUGCGCUUCGGCCCGAGAUUGUCGACUCCCAGAUCCACUGGGACAUCUGCGAGGCCGAAUGCGAGCUCGAGCGCAUGCCGGAGUACAUCUCAAGGCCGACCAGAUCCAUUCCAUGGGACGGCAUCGUGGCGAUCGGCAACGCGACCAAGGACCAGAGCUGGUGGCAGGACCCUGCUGGCGACGACCCGACGCUCUUGUUCAGCAUUGAUGCCAGCGUUCGAGACCAAGACCUCGACAACGUGCUUGCAAGGAAGCUGCAGCAGCACGCGGUCGAGACCGGCAUCCCGCUCAAGGCGAUGCACGUCGACGUCACGAAGCUGUGGAUCAAGGACAGGACGCUCGAGCUGGUCUCCUACUACGACUACGAGCCGCCCUGGCAGAGCCCCGGCGCGGACGCGCGGGAGCUCUUCUUCCCCCUUGAGGUCUACGGCAGCUGGCUCAGCCACACCACUGAGGACGGGCGCACGACUGGAGCGGGCUCGGCGAAGCGCUGCAGAAGGCCGCGGAGGUGGGCGGCACCGUCAGCUUCCUGGUGCAGUCGGUGGGCGCCGAGCCAUGCUUCAUCGCACCGCCGGGCGAGGACCUCGACCACGUGA